UUCCGUUGAUCGUGACCGUUCGCGGUCUAGGGCUCUUGGCAAUGAGGCUCAACUUGGAAUUCAAGGGAGGAUUGGAGCUACUGUUUGGAUCUGUCAAGUGCCACGAAGUGGAAUUGGAUUCGAACGAGAUCACAGUCGAGAAGCUCCUGGUUUGGAUUCGAGAAAAUCUGCUCAAGGAGAGACAAGAGAUGUUCCUCAAAGGCAAAUCCGUGAGGCCCGGAGUUCUCGUUUUGAUCAAUGACUACGACUGGGAGCUCAUGGGGCAUUUGGAAGCGCCCAUCAAGGACAAAGACAGUGUAGUGUUCAUCUCGACGCUCCACGGAGGCUAGAAAACUCCUCCUUUGUUUUCCCUGAUCUUAACAUGGGUGAAUGGGCCAUGCAAAGUUCUCCAUC